ACAGAUAAGUAUCGGGCAUAUCCAGUUGGAGACGCACCUGAUGUUUUUUAGCUUUUGGCAAGUUAUUCUCCUAUAAGCAUUGAAAAAUGUAUUUUUAAAAGGGAAAUAUUGUGAUUUUAUUUAUUUUAAAACAAAUUAUAAGUAUUAAAAGUGAUCGUGAACAAAUAUCGGUCGCUCUGGAUCAGUUUAAAACCUUGGGGGUACUUUGAAAAACAACCUUCGAUUGGAUAUCUCUACCACCAGACUGUUUGUGCAAACCGACUCAUUAACAUAUACAUACGUAAAAGCAGUCCAUUCAACUUUUGUAAAAACCCACAGUGAUUAAUAAAAGGAACAAUGGCUUCCGAUAUAGAAAUUGCAAACCUCAACAACUUUGAAAAAAUACAGAACUUUCUCAACGAUUCCGCCUAUAAAGAGAUACUGGAGAAUAGCGAGAACUUCAACACACGUUUGUGCAUUGAACGUCGACUGCGUAUGCCGUUUUUGGAUCCGCAGACGGGUGUCGCCCAAACGCAUUGUGCUUUGUUCAUGAAGCAACGUCAACGUAUGCCUGGCUUCCGCGAUGGUCAGAUCUACACGUAUCCAUCAGCUCGUUGGCGUAAACCCAAACGCCAGUACUUACUCAAUCAUCAUCACAGCUAUAGGGCAUACCAGUAUCGUGAGCCUCACUAUCACCAAUCAACCGGUAAUACCUCGGCGCGCGAUCAUUAUCAAGCAGAAAGUGCAGCUAUCGUCGCUGCCGACGGCAAUUCAAUGAGCGCUUCGGGCGAUAACGACAGUAAAGAUUCUCACGCCAAUGCUGAAAAAGAUUGGUUCCACGAGGACAUAGAUAUGUCUCACUAUCACCAUGUUGAUGACUUCGAAGAGGACUUUGAAUCGGACAAUGAUUUCGAUGAAUCGUAUAGUAGCCGUGGCAAACGUAAACGUGGUUCACGCUCCGCUCGCAGGAGCACUGCUGCUGUCGAUGGUACACCAAAGCGGGGUCGCAAAGGAGGCGGUGUGUAUCACGUGGCACAUGAAAAGCAUUUUAUGAAUUUUAAAAGUCAUAAUUACUUGUUUUCUCAUGCAGGCAGUCGUCGUCGCAAUAACGCUGAUGGUGAAGGCGGCGGCCGUCGACGUGGUGGCGCGAGCAAUGCCAACAACAACAAUGCAAACACAGCUGCUGCUGCAGCCGCAGCUGCUGCCGCUGUUGCUGCUGCAGCUAGUGUCGUGGCCUCCAGCAUGGAAGUGAGCAAUUCGAAUUCAGCUUCUCCAAUCGGUACAAACGAUGAAACAUCACAGUCUGCAAUAGUAAUACCACCUGGAACGGCAACUGCUGCUGGUACAACAUUUGACAAGACUUUAAGCGAAGCUAAUAUAGUUGCUGCUGCUGCUGGAAGUGUUGCUGAGACCGCAACGCCUGUACUACCCAGUACAAGUGUCGUUAGUGGUGCUGCAAGCGCUACCACGGCACCAUCCGUCACUCCUCCAACGACAGUAGCAGCAAGUGCAGUCACACCACCAGUAGUAGCCGUUACUGCAGUGAAGAAAGAUCUUAAAAAUAAAAUGCGUGCUGAUCGUGAGGUUGCAACUCCUUCAACCUAUUGCGACUUCUGUUUGGGCGAUCAACGCGAGAAUAAGAAGACCAACUUGCCGGAGGAAUUAGUUUCGUGUUCGGAUUGUGGCCGCUCCGGUCAUCCAUCUUGCCUACAAUUUACACCAAAUAUGAUAAUCUCAGUGAAGCGUUAUCGCUGGCAAUGCAUCGAAUGCAAAUAUUGUUCCAUUUGUGGGACUUCGGAUAAUGACGAUCAAUUGCUUUUCUGCGAUGACUGCGAUCGUGGUUAUCAUAUGUAUUGUUUGUCACCUCCAUUGAUAACACCACCGGAAGGAUCAUGGAGCUGUAAACUUUGUAUGGAAGAGUUCCAUAAAGAUGAGAAAUAAUGGAACUACACAAUGGAGCAACGACUUCCAAUGAACACUGCUUCCAAUAGAACAGCCACAAUGAAAACAGCCGGAGUUGAAUUGAUGUACACCGAUAUCUGGACUUUGUUGAUCUUCUGAAAUUGACACGAAAGAGUUGCAUUGAUUCAUUGAUCAGCAGUUCUCGUUUAGAAUUUUCUAUUUGAUUUAAAGUAAAUACGUUGCAUUAAGGGUUAAUAAUACUUAAAGUCAUUUUUUUUUUUAUCACACAGCGCAUCAGGUAUUCCUUAGCGCCGCUAACUCAGUUCACAAAACCUUGCAGAGUUUACAUGCAAACUUUGUUUUAUUUUAAAAAUAAUUGUAUAAGCUGAAAACUUCACAAGACGGCAACUUUUCGUAUGUAUUUUAGAUUUUAAAUUAGUCUUAAGUUAUCAUGUCACUUAUGCCGCUAACAAUCUACGCAGUUGGCUCCUUGGUAAAUUAGUAUUGCAUUAAGCAUCGCCCAAUUCAUCGUCCUCAAGUAUUUUAGUAUAUUUCUUCUAUGUAUAUUCUUGUAAAUUUUGUUUGUACUAAAUACAAAUAGGUAUUGCAAAGUGUAAUUGGCUUGAUCCUAUUCGUAAGGUUUUCUGCUUACGUAGUUUAUUUCAAAACAGUUUUGUGUUUAUAUUCAGACAGGUUCUGCAAUUCGCUUCCGAGUGUAUUUCAACCACUGCCAAUUUGAAUUCAAAGCGUAUUUGAUUGAAAUUCAUUUGGAAGUUGAUUGUAGAACCUGCCCCAUUAAAAUAAGUUCCUUUUUCGAAAAUAUGUAUUUCUGUAAAGAUUUCUAAGCAAAACAAAGUACCACAAAAAUAUUAUUUCGAAUAAUAAAUCCAUAUACAAUCAUAUAUAAGCAUAUAACCGUACGAUCCAAUGGAAAAUAAUGUAUUUCAUAAAUAUUUAUUGGAAUAUAAUCGCCGUCAUUGAGCAAUAAUAAUAAAUCAUGACUAAACCCAA